AUGGCGCUCCCGCAAGAGAGCCAACGCGCGAUCGAUAAUAUGCGCACACGACUGUCGAUGCUGAACAGCUCGCUCGGCACAUUACUAGGGGAUUUAGCAAAAGGCAAUCCACUGCCAACAUGGCCCCGACUGCAAGCACAAGCCGUGACUCUAGCGAACAACCUGCAAGAGAUCGCAGACGUACUCAACUCCCAGCGCCAGCUAUUUACCACGAUGCACGCAUACCCCAUGCCGAGCUUCCCUGGAACGACGCAAGAGCCGGUGUUGCAAGCUCUUCUACGCAAGAAGCUGGAUCCACGAGCCGAGGAUUGGAUAGAUGUGUCGCUGAAAGAUGAGAAAGGACAUGCGUUGCAGAACGGCGACAAAGGCGGUUCACAGACACUAUCUACUGAGGAGAUGCGCGAUCUGUGGGAGUCUGCUGGGCCAGCGUUCCAGGAGAUACUACAGCCGCUGGCGGAAGACGGGAUACUGGAGGACGAGUACACGAUCCAGGAACGGGCGGACGGUAUACAGAACGUGGUGACGGGCAUUAAGCGCAAGCUUGGUGGGCCACUGGACGAUGACGACGAAGACGAGGAUGAAGAGAUGGAAGACGACGCGCCCGAGGAGCAGGUUACUGUGAAUCAGCGUGGCUUCGAGGCUGGUGCGCCGUACAUUAGGCUCGAUGAACUGCUCAGGUUUGCGGUCAGCGGGAGUCAGCCUGCACCGCCGAGAUGA